AUGAGUUCUUUAAGGGGUCCUGAUUCCGUUGUGCUAGAUUCUUCUAAAACUUAUGAUGAUUGGAAAAAGACACUUAAUUUAUCAACAAAAGAUACACGGCCGCAAACUGAGGAUGUGACAAAAACAAAGGGAAAUGAAUUUGAGGAUUUUUAUUUGAAACGGGAAUUGUUAAUGGGUAUUUUUGAGGCCGGUUUUGAGCGUCCCUCUCCUAUACAAGAGGAAUCUAUUCCUAUUGCGUUAACUGGACGAGAUAUCCUUGCACGAGCUAAAAAUGGUACUGGGAAAACAGCUGCUUUUAUUAUCCCAGCUCUUGAGAAGUUGAAUUCAAAGAAACCUAAAACACAAGCAUUAAUACUUGUCCCAACACGCGAGCUUGCUUUGCAAACAUCUCAUGUCUGUAAAACUCUUGGGAAACAUAUGGGCAUUAAUGUUAUGGUUACAACAGGCGGCACUUCUCUUCAGCAAGAUAUAAUUCGGCUUCAUGAUCCUGUGCAUGUAAUUGUUGGUACUCCUGGUAGGAUUUUGGAUCUUGCUGGGAAAGGUGUUGCAGAAUUUAGUGAAUGUUUUACUUUUAUAAUGGAUGAAGCAGAUAAGCUUCUAAGUCUUGAGUUUACUCCUGUAAUAGAACAAUUACUUGCAUAUUUUCCAAAAGAUCGUCAGAUUAUGCUUUAUAGCGCUACAUUCCCUCUUGUUGUAAAAAGUUUUAUGGAUAAACAUCUUUCUAAACCUUAUGAGAUAAAUCUUAUGGAUGAGCUUACUUUGCGAGGAGUUACUCAGUAUUAUGCUUUUGUAGAAGAAAAGCAGAAAGUUCAUUGUUUGAAUACACUUUUUUCAAAGCUUCAAAUUAAUCAAUCGAUAAUUUUCUGUAAUUCUACUAAUAGGGUUGAGCUUUUGGCAAAAAAGAUUACAGAACUUGGUUAUUCUUGCUUUUAUUCCCAUGCGAAAAUGCUACAGAAUCAUCGAAACAGAGUAUUUCAUGAUUUUCGGAAUGGUGUUUGUCGCAAUCUUGUUUGUUCUGAUCUUUUGACACGCGGUAUUGAUAUUCAAGCAGUUAAUGUUGUAAUUAAUUUUGAUUUUCCGAAAAAUUCUGAAACCUAUCUUCAUCGUAUAGGUAGAUCUGGCCGAUUUGGCCAUCUUGGCCUGGCUAUUAAUCUUAUAAAUUGGGAAGAUAGAUUUAAUUUAUAUAAAAUUGAGCAAGAGCUUGCAACUGAAAUACAACCUAUACCAUCCAUAAUUGAUAAACGUCUUUAUGUUUCUCCAAGUGCUCUUGAUGAACCUGUUAAUAAUAGACCUCGGCCUAAGCAGCGUUCUGUUGCUCCUCAGAGCAAUGGAAAUGCUAACAGUCAGUUGAAUAACGAGCAGAGUUAUAUUCGUCAGCAUCCUUUAAGAGGUCGAGGUGGAAAUAGAGCUCGAUCUCAUGGUAGACGGUAUUCUGAUCGUGUAAAUGGUCAUACUGUAUUGUCGAAUGAUAAUAUAACUAGAGAUUGA